AUGUCUUUCAUUCCAGAUACCGUGUACAAUCUCGUUCAUGGAAACGAAACAGUCACAGCCGCCUUGGCCAAAGACCCCACAAGUUCUGUCGACACCAUCGCCUGGAAACUGUUCGCGAAGCACCCAAAGAGAGCUGCAAACAUCAAGGUGGGGCAACACCACCCUACACCGAAGGACCUCGAUCGCGUGGCAGAGUGUGGAACCUUUAUUAGUAGACCAAGUGACCUUUUUCUCCAGAUAUACGGCGAGGUAUUGCGAACAUACGAGUACGAUCCGUUGGCCAAUUUGGUCUCUCCGUCCCUUAGCGCCUCCACUGGGGUGAUGCCUCUAUCCAUAAUAAGCGUUAUACCAGACAUUAUGCGCCAUUACGCAGACUGCAUCGUCCGGGCAGAAAAGGAGGUUUUUUUCGCAACAAGUAUUUGGGAGGCCUCAACAGCAGCAACUGUCGUCACAGAUGCACUGCGGGAACUAUCUCACCGUGCAGGUGCUCGAGGGAAUCGAGUUGUUGUAAAAAUCAUGUAUGAUAGGGGUAACGUGAAACAGAUCUAUAACCCUCAUCAAAUUGUACCUGUAGCAGAAUACACUGGCGACGCUGUGAAGCUCCCCCAUCCCGAUGAGAUUCCUCACAUAGAUUUAGAAGUAUGUAAUUACCAUCAACCUCUUCUCGGCACAUUUCACGCUAAAUAUAUGGUGGUCGAUCGGAAAAUAGCAAUAAUAAACAGUAAUAACACACAGGACAGAAGGGUCAACAUGGAGAUGAUGUCACAUAUUGAGGGGCCCAUUGUCGAAGCAUUCUAUGACAUGGCCUUAAUGUCCUGGAGCACCGUUAUGAAACCGCCAUUGCCGCUCCUUACUAUCCCCCCUGUGAAACCCAAUGUGUACAAAUUCCGGAACGAUCAUCCUCAUGUCGCAGCCAAGGACACCGAAGUGGCAAAGCUGAAUGCCCGAGAUACGCUCAGAACGCAUGAGUUUCCCGACUCCAUGAAGCAUAUCAGUCAACAGGACUUGUAUGAUGCUGACGACGCCGCCGAGAAGCAGCAUAACGAAGAAGGGUUACAUGAAGGGGCGUGGCGUACGAGGUUGUCUAAAAUAACGAAACAUUUGAGUGGGUAUACAACCCUCCAGCCUGACACCCAGGCUACCUUACCUGAAGGAGUUGACUUGGAAGAUUUCACGCCUCAUAUCAUCCAUGCUCCACACGACCCCUUUCCAAUUGCUAUGGUCAACCGAAGGCCUCGGGGUGCAAUCGAAUACACUGACGUGAAUAACCCCCAGGAUAUAGCCUGGUUGGCAGGAUUCCAUUAUGCUAAACAAAAGGUUUUUAUUCAAACGCCUACAUUCAAUGCCGCAGCAGUAGUAGAGGCUACUCUCGCUGCCGUCCGAAGAGGUAUCGAAGUCAUUUUGUAUAUCAACCUGGGAUAUAACGACGGUGGCGAAUCCUUACCAUUUCAAGGUGGAACUAACGAGGUCGUCGUAGCGAAGAUGUACACGGAAUUGGAAGAGAAAGAAAAAGACUUACUGAAAGUGUACUGGUACACAGCGAAAGACAUGUGUCGACCCGUCAACGCUAGGAAAAAGCAGAGAAACUGCCAUAUAAAGCUUAUGAUUGUGGACGACCAUGUCGGGAUCAUGGGAAACGGGAACCAGGAUUCUCAGUCUUGGUACCACUCACAAGAAGCAAAUAUCCUUAUUGAUUCCGCUGAUGUGUGCAAAGAGUGGGCAGAUGGCAUCAGAGCUAACCAGAACACGCACAUAUACGGUCGUGUUGAUAAAGAUGGUAUAUGGAGAGAUCCUAAAGAUGGUAGCGUUCUUGAAGACAUGGGAACUACGAAGGGUGGAUCGAUAGGCGCUGUAGCUAAAGGUCUGGUAGACGCCGUUAAACGAGUCCAGGGAAAAGGAGGCUUUUAA